AUGUGGAACCUGCUCCCCCUCCUCUUCCUCGGCUCGUCCCUGCUCGUCGCAACCACCAACGCCGACGACCCAUGGUACACCGACUGCCCGAGCAACACGAACUACACGCGCGGCAGCGCGUUCCAGGCCAACCUCGACGCACUCCUCUCCUCCCUCCCCGCCGCGGCGGCAGCGUCCUCCGGGUUUGCCGACAACGUAACCGGCGCCGCGCCCGGCCAGCAGGCGUACGGCCUCGCGCAGUGCCGCGGCGACGUCAACGCGUCGGCCUGCCUCGCGUGCCUCGACGGCUCGGCGCGCCACAUGGCCGCCUCCUGCCCCGGCCAGAAGGAAGCCAUGCUCAUCUACGACGAGUGCCUGCUGCGGCACUCCAACGAGAGCUUCUUCGGCGCGGCCGACACGUCGGUGAGGCUCUGGCUGGUGAACACCCAGAACACGACGGAGCCGGAGGAGUUCAGGUCGCGGCUCGGCGCGCUGAUGGGCAACCUCACCGCGAGGGCGGCGUUCGCGUCCCCGCGGAUGUUCGCUGCCGGGGAGACCGCCGUCACGCCCUUCGUGAACAUCUUCGGCAUGGCGCAGUGCACGCGGGACCUCGCCGCCGAUGACUGCAACCGCUGCCUUGUCAGCGCCGUCGCGCUCAUCCCGAACUGCUGCGACGGGAAGCAGGGUGGCCCGGGGCAUCGGCCGGAGCUGCUCCAUCCGGUUCGAGGUGUACCCGUUCUACAACGUCCAGGCCGCCCAGGAGGCCAUGUCGCCGGCCGCGGCACCGGUUCCGGGAGGGGGGCCGAUCAACGGCAGCGACCACUCCGUGCCCAGAAACACCGGACAGCUCUUCUCGUGUCAAUCCCUGUCGCUGUUGCGCUGCUGGUGCUGCUGCUAGUUGUUGCCUGUCUCUGCAAAAGGAACAGAAAACCACACAAGCAUGUACAGAUUGCAAGCAUCAGCCGUGAAGAUGACCAAGAAAUGAGAAGCUCAGAGUCUCUCUUGUAUGAUUUGAGCACCCUACGAGCUGCCACCGAUAACUUCUCAGAAGAAAACAAGCUCGGCGAAGGCGGGUUCGGGUCGGUAUACAAAGGCACGUUACAAAAUGGACAGGAGAUUGCAGUGAAGAGAUUGUCUGCAACUUCGCAGCAAGGACAGCUGGAGAUGAAGAACGAGGUUUUCCUGCUGGUGAAGCUCCAGCACAAGAACUUGGUGCGACUGCUCGGCUGCUGCAUCGAGGAGCACGAGAGGCUGCUCGUCUACGAGUUCCUCACCAACAACAGCCUCGACAAGAUCCUCUUCGAUCCUGCACGACAGCGAGAGCUAGGCUGGGGACUGAGGCAGAGGAUCAUCGAAGGGAUCGGCCGAGGGCUCCUCUACCUCCACGAGGACUCGAGGCUGACCAUCAUCCACCGCGAUCUCAAGGCCAGCAACAUCCUGCUGGACACAGACAUGAACCCCAAGAUAUCAGACUUCGGCUUGGCCAAGCUCUUCAGCAUCGACUCCAGCGUGGGAAACACAAGUCGCAUUGCUGGAACUUACGGAUACAUGGCGCCGGAGUACGCUCUGCACGGCAUCUUCUCGGCCAAGUCAGAUAUUUUCAGCUACGGCGUCCUUGUCCUCGAGAUCGUCACCGGCCGGCGCAACACGUGCACACAAGGCUCAGGGCCAUCUGAAGAUUUGCUUACCUACGUUUGGAGGCACUGGAGCCGCGGGAGCGUGCGCCAGCUGCUUGACGGCUGCCCGGCGGAGGGGCGGCGGCCGCAGGAGAUCCUGCGGUGCAUCCACGUCGGUCUGCUCUGCGUCCAGGAGGAUCCGUACCUCCGUCCCGGCAUGGCGUCCGUCGUCGUCAUGCUGAAUAGCCGCUCCAUCACGCUGCCGACGCCUGCCGUGCCAGCCUACGCGCUUCACGGCCGCGCGGCCACAACAGUGAACCCGCCGUGGGGGAUGAGCAUAGGUCGCAAGGGUCCCAUAGCGGCAGCUCAGGAGCCGUCUAUCAACGAAGCUUCUGUAUCUGAGUUGCAGCCCCGUUGA